AUGGGGAACGACGGGGGGACUAUAGCCAAGAGACAAGAUAUCUUAUCAUUACAUUCCCAAUUUAAUGGUUCAGAUUCAAAAUCCCAACAAGGCGCUGAUGAUAUUGAAUCAACUUUAUUAACCACUUGCGCUAUAUCAUCAUUACCAUUAUAUUCAUUAAAUGGUCUUGUUCCUAUUGUGGGAGAUUAUAAAGGAAGGUUAUAUAUCAAAGAGAAAAUCUUGGAAUAUAUCAUUAAACAAAAAUUUGAUAAAUCAAGUUUAAAACCAGCAUAUGCUCAUAUUAAAUCAUUAAAGGAUUUAAUUGAAGUCAAUAUCAAAUGGAUAAAAGAUGAUGAAUCAGAUACAUAUCAUAUCCAAUGUCCUGUCACCAAGGAACUGCAAUCUUUCAAAGCCUCCUAUGCUUAUCUUCGACCAUGUGGAUGUGUGUUAUCAUAUAAAGUAUUGGAAGAAGUAUCAUCAAGUUUUACUCAUACUGAAGUACCAUUCCCAAGUUUAUGUCCUGUUUGUGAAAAGGAAUUUCAAUUUAAUUAUGAUAUCGUGAUUAUAAAUCCUUUGAAAAAUACUGACAAUGAUGAAUUUAAUGAAUCUAAUUAUAAAUAUCUUGGUGAUGUUCUUGGUUUAACUCAUUCAAAAGCUAUAAAGCAAAAGAAGAAAUCAAAGACAAAAUUACUGCCGCUUAAAAGAAAAUUACAAGAUGAAGUGAUUGACGAUGAUGAUAAUACGAGUGAUAAUGAUUCCUCGAAAAGGGUAAAGGUUUAA